ACUGCAUCUCCCAGGUACACCAAGAACAAUAAAAACUACAACUCCCACAAGAAAUAAGAGAAGCGCUUGCGCUUUAAGAGAAAUCCGAAGUGAAACUACAGAUAAGCUCUCUCUGAUUGGAUGCGUUUUCGGAACUACAACUUCCAGUAGAACUAAGCGCUAAGGUAUCUAAAGCCAUUUAAAUCUACGUGCAAAAUGGCUGCGCAGAUUGGUUUGGUUCGAAUAAAAGUAGAAGAAAAGGUGAGGGACAGUUUGGAUAAAUCGACCAAAGAGAAGAAAAAGAAGAAGAAAAGGGAAUGCUCACCUCCUCCUGACAAGCGAGAGAAAUGCGAGAAAGAGGCUAAAAAAGUUAAGCUUCAUCACCAUCACCACCAAGAACACGUUCAACAACGGACACCCCAGCCGCAUCAACAACAACAACAGCAGCAGCAGCAGAAUUCACAACCGCGCACCUUCACUUCGGAACAUGCACCCGUGCAGCAUCCCCAUAACCACCAUCACCAUCACCACCACCAUCACCACAACCACCACCACGCCAAGAAGGACGCCCUGCUCGUCGGCCCCCAUCGGAAGGUGGCCCCGCCGCAUCUCGGGCAGAAGCCUCUGCCUCCGAUCCUACCAACGGUACAGCAGGGGCUCUUCACCUUCGCUCCGCUCAAAGUGGCCAAGGCCAAAACCCAUAACAGCAAGGACAAGCCGGCGGAGAAAGACCACAAGCUAAAGCCCAAGAAGGAGAACUCGGAGGCGAACGUCAAAGCGGUGCUGAGCAAGAAAAAGAAAGAACCCGGGGAUGAGAAUGGUAAAAGUCCGCUGGUGGAUGAGUACCUGCUGAAGAAGAAGAAAAAGAAGCGGAGGCACCGCGAGGAUGAGCGGGGCAAGCGGCUUAAGAUGUACCAUAAGGAGGUACAAACAGUGUGCGCUGGGCUGACAGGGGAUGGCCCCGUGACUCCGCCCCCAGGUGACCCCACGCUCACCUAUCUGAAGGACGAGCAGCUCUGCCAGCCUGGCCCGGGCACCGAGGAGUACCGCACGCCCCACGGGGUGCGGGCGCCUUUCCUGUCCCACCAGGACCACUUCAUCCGCAGCUGUUGCUUGCAUACGGGCUCCCGCUACGGGAGGCUUCUCCAUGAGGAGUGCCAGGCCAAUGGCGGGGCCGCCGUCCUGCACGCCUACGCCGACGAGAUCUCCUUCCUGACACCCGGCGAGAAGGAAUGCUUCGCCCAGGAGUUCCUGCAGCUGGCCUUUGCAGAAAGUCCCCACAGCGCCGCCCGCUACGCCCUGUCAGUGGUUCACGGUGCCGCCGCCUACCUGCCCGACUUCCUCGACUACUUUGCCUUCAACUUCCCCAGCACGCCCGUCAAGAUGGAGAUCUUGGGCAAGAAAGAUAUCGAGACCACCACCAUCGCCAACUUCCACUCUCAGGUGAAUCGGACCUACUGCUCCGGAACGUACCGGGCCGGUCCGAUGAGGCAGAUCAGCCUGGUGGGGGCCGUGGAUGAAGAGGUGGGGGACUAUUUCCCAGAGUUUCUCGACAUGCUGGAGGAGUCUCCCUUUCUUAAGAUGACCCUACCGUGGGGCAGCCUGUCCAGCCUGAAGCUGGAGUGCCGCUCCCAGAGCGACGACGGGCCCAUCAUGUGGGUGCGGCCGGGCGAGCAGAUGGUGCCCACGGCCGACGUGCCCAAGUCGCCCUUCAAGAGACGCAGGUCCAUGAACGAGAUCAAGAACCUGCAUUAUCUACCACGCGCCAGCGAGCCACGCGAGGUUCUGUUCGAGGACCGGACACGUGCCCAUGCGGACCACGUGGGCCAGAGCUUCGACUGGCAGAGCACGGCGGCAGUGGGCGUGCUGAAGGCCGUGCAGUUCGGGGAAUGGAGUGACCGGCCCCGGGUCACCAAAGACGUGGUCUGCUUCCAUGCGGAAGACUUCAACGACGUGGUCCAGAGGCUGCAGCUGGACCUUUACGAGCCCCCGGUCUCUCAGUGCGUCCAGUGGGUGGACGACGCCAAACUGAACCAGCUGCGCCGGGAAGGCAUCCGUUACUGUCGGGUGCAGCUGUGCGACGACGACAUCUACUUCAUACCCCGCAACGUCAUCCACCAAUUCAAGACGGUGUCCGCUGUCUGCAGCCUGGCCUGGCACAUCCGCCUCAAGCAGUACCAUCAGUCAGAUGAGCAGGCGGGCCACGCCUCCGACUCCGCCCACUCCGACACCAAAGUGCCCCGAGCCCCAGAGACAGCCCAGGAUGUGAAUGUCAAGCGGGAAGAGCCCAUGUUCCAGAGACCCGCCACGCCCCCAAGGCAGCCCCCCACCCCGGUGCCUCCGUGCAUGGAGCCCCAUCUCCCCCCGGAGCCCCCGCCUGCGCCUGCAUUUCCGCAGACCCCCACCCUACCUGGCCAGGACUGCUCCUUGUCCUGCUGUGAUGAGCAGAAGAGACCCGCCCGUCCCCCCGAGUGAUGUCUCCUGCUCGUUUUAUACCGUCGGACUGGAGGGUAAGGGCCGGGGGGUUGGGGGGUAUUUAAAAACAAGAGGUUAUCUGUAAGUGUUUGACAUUCCACAUUGUCAGAAACAAUAUUGGGGGUCAUCCCUGCAAUUAGAUACAGAUUGUAUGUUUUAUUCUUUUUUGUGAAACAAAUUGUUUUUUUUUUUUUUAAGUAAGAAGUCCUGGUUUGUUUGUUUUUAAAUCAGAUGUCAGUAUUUGUGUUUGUUGUUUGUUUUUGAUCAUUUUAUUGUACAGUGGUAGUUCUGUAAAAGAGCUGAAGUUCAUAGGAAGUUGUUUUAUGUUACUUCAUUGAAUCAUUUUUCCAGAAAGUGCCUGCCAAAAAUGGGAAAAAAACAGUCGCGUUUGAAGUGAUGAUUGUGAAAUUAACUUAUUGCCGUUUCCCUGUCCAUGUUUGAUCUUUCAGUAGAAGCAGGUAGGAGACAAUUGGGCCUGUUAUCUCUAGUUCCUAGUUAGAAAAUGUCCAGUGGUGCCUCUUGGUGCAUCUGAGAUUCAUCCUUGGAGUCUAGCUGGUGUAAUUCUAUACAGCCCAAUUGAAAAGCAGACCCCCCGCCCUCAGUAACUCACUACAUAAGGCAUUUCUGUCAAAAACAGCUCUUCUGAAACCAGUUUAUCCUUCUGUUGCACGGCGGUCAGAUUUUUGUCUGGGUCACAUGACGGCUUUAAUUAUGGCCCCCUAGAGGACACAGGCAGCGACGAACAGAAACAUGGUCACUAGACAGGCUUUGUUUCCACAUCAUCUUUCAGGGUCUAUCUCUGCGAUACUGUAAAUCUCAGGAACUCCGUGCCGUCUGUUGCCGUUUCGGAGGGAAGAGAUAUGUUGUAUGGAGGAGAAGGAAAACCUUUUUGUCUGUUUCCUGUAAAUAAAAAUAAACAAUAAGGUCUGGCUCCGAGAAAACCGUCACCAAAGGUGUAUGGGUGAAAUUUUUAAUACCCACACGCCACUCAUCUUUUGACAAGUUGAUAGUCUCUAAAAUAUUACCCAAAUGCUUCCUGUUACCUGUAGCCAAUAACAAAAUCUGCUUCUGAAAAUCAGACUGUAAAAUAAUCCCCAAAAAUUGUAAUGUAUCUCUAAUUAUGUGAUUGUUUGGUAACAGUCAUUCGUUUGCCACAAUCUUUCCGGUAGACUCUGGAAACGCAUAUUGCCAAACCCUGCGAGAUGCCGCUGUGGGGCACUCUGCUCACCGUGCGCAGCUGGCUUCAGUAUCGUAGUGAUAUCGUCAGUGCGGUCAUCCUUGUUUAUUCUUUGUUGUGGCGUGAGGGGGUUUUUAAACAUGAAAUCGCAGCCUGUGCCGUCACAUCUAAUGGAAGCUCCAUUUCACACCGUCUGAGCUCUCAGCAAAGCUCGCUGAGUUCGCCAGGGUUGAGCACGGGGAAAAAAAAUCCAUUCUAAACAUUUUAACUAAAGUCUCUUUAGUUCCAAUUCAUUAAUUGAAUGCUAGCUUUGAUUAUUUUUUCCCCCUGUUGUGCUAAAAUCAAAUUGUUAGAAACAGUUUGGCAGGGGGCUGUGUGGUGGUAGUGACUAGAUGUUUCAAACUGUCUUGUGUUUUUCUCCUGAAAAAUAACAAGUGUUAUUUAUUUUCAGUUCAGUAAUUAUGCAAAUUGGUCGUUAAUUAUGUAUAUUUGACCCCUAUACGAUUAGCACAGAUUAAAUAACGCAAAUCAGUAAAUAUCGUAUCAUUAGUUGCACAGAUUUAAAUUCAAAUAAUUUGAUGAAUUACCCUGAUUGGUUAAACGCUCAGCCUGGCUUGGGAAGUGGAAAUCGCAGCGUUCCGCUGUCGCGAUGACAAUGGGGGCAGCCUUUCCCCAAAGCCCCCCCCUGUCUCCUCAGCUUCAGGGUGGAGGCAUGGAGCCUUACAGCACUUAAUGUAAGAAUUAUUAUUUUUUUUAAUUUAGCAGACAUACAUUUUCAGAACAUGUUCAUCCAGUCCCUGGGGGUUCAGCACUCAGUAGUGAAGUCACUCUGCCGGACCUGGGAUUUGAACCGAUCAUUUUGCGAUCACAGACACAGAGUCCUAACCUGCUUAGCCACACGCUACCCCUGUAUCGUGGUUUUCAUAGAUAAAAUCCCCCCCCCCUCUCCAUGUGCUUUGCUGUGUGUCACCUGUACAAAGUUUUAAUGGCUGCCAGGCAUUCUGUGCUGUGCUCAUUUUUACCUUAGACAUGGGAGGUAGGUGGCUAUGUGUCCAGCUGGGGGUCUUGUGGAGGCAGAAUGCUUUAUAUCAGGUUAUAUCAAAGUCGCUAAUAGUUAAAUCUGACUGAAAUCUAUGGCGGGUAUACUGCCAUCCAAAGGCAAAACACAAGAACUGCAUAUUUCAUCAAAUACCAAAAUCAGGUGUAUUAAACUCAUUUAAACUGUAAACUGUUUUAAACAUAAACUGUUUUAUCUCAUGACCAAAUGUCUUAGUUCAGGUUGGUUUUUGAAGAAAAAUGUGAAAAUGACAACAAAUACAAAAUGUGAACUAAAACCAAGGCAGAACGAUUUCUGUGUCGGUGUAGUUUCUGUGUUUCACCUUUGGAGGGCAGUGUACUGGCUCCAAGUUCAGUGAUUUAUUUAUUUAUUUAUUUAUUUUUCUUUCAUGGAGUUUAUAAGGCCUUCCUCCCCCAAGACGGUUCUGCAAAUGUUGUGAAAAAACUGCUGUAAUUAUAUAUGGGUACAAUAGGUGUUUGGCUCAUAAUCAUUAACUCCAGUACUGUUUACCAUUAACCAACUUGUGAAAUUGUAAUAUAUUAAUCUACGUAUCGGCAAUAUGUGCUUUUUUCCCAGUGCAUUUAAAUCAUGCUUUUUUCCCUCAGUGUUGAUUUAUAAUAAAUACCCAUAGUAAGUUAUAUCAAUGGCUAUAGCAAUUUUUAUACUAUUACAGGAUGAGUGAUACAGGGUGCAGUGUGGUAGCCAUUGUUUUCGGCGUAGAGAUGUGCUUGAUGUGUUUUUUUCCGUCCGUCCCUUUGAAGGUAGCAGUUUCUUUGAAAAGGAUGAAAUCACGUGAAAGCCGGCUUCCGACACAGGAAAGGUUUUUCGUUUGGUCUCAGCGUACUCAGCGAGACGCAGGUCUCUGCUCGUCUCUCGCUGGUCAAGUGACUUACUUGUCGAUGCGUCAACUUUUGACGGCAGUCCUGUGUUUUUUGCUCAAUGCCUCCUAGAGAGACAAACCCCCGCCAGUGUCUGAACCGGGGGCAUGCAGUUCAACACCAGCAACACCGCCGAUUUUAUGGAGCCCCCGCCCCCCCCCCCCCCCCCAGCCCAUUUCCAGUACCAUGAAAUUAUUUUGUGUGAAGUUGGGUUAAAUUAAUGCUGUCUUUGUGCCGUUAGACUGAGUGCAUCCUUCAGUGCCUUUAAGCCAGUCCAGUUACUCCCGUCUGCCCUUUUCUUCCUGAGGCAAGACGCGCCGUUCGGUGGUAGAAGCCCCAAAGCCCAGCUUGUACUUCAGGCGUGGCAUAUGCUCACGGUACUGUAAAUCUGUCGCUCUGCAGCCUACAACCCUCUAGACAGUUUUACUGUGUCAUGCCCUUUACCUGAAGACCACUUUGGGCAUUGGCUUACGACCCAGUCCUCAGUCCACAUUUCCCUUCUGUUCCACCAGACUGGGUCGAGAACUGCUAACAUAGUGGUUUGCCUGAGGCCAUGGGUAUGAGACCGUGUACAUUGUGAAUCAGGCUUUAAUCAGUAAAGAGGAUUCAUGUGUUGUUUAGGUUAUGUUCAAAAACUUUUUAUUAUUAUUAUUAUUAUUAAGUGUAGGACUGGCUUUAUCUGUUUUCUAGCAUAUGAAAUAAAUAUUUUAACAGUUUUGGUCCGAUGGAUAGCAUUUAGUAAAUGUAUUUCUGGAUCUAGUGUAGGAUUAAAAAGCAAAGAAAAUGGCAGCUAAUUUUUGUUCUGUUUUUGGUUGUUCUGUACAUCUUCAAGUUUGCCUGGGGAUCAUGGCAUGAUUUGUGUAACAACAUCAAUAGUAGCUCUUGUUAAUGUCUGUACUGAAGAUUUUCUUUAUCUUGACUUCAAGAAAUGUUAGUAUGAAAAUAUUAUAUAGAUUAACCUUUUUGGGAAAAACAUAAUCCUUUACAUUUAAUAGAGCUCUGUAAAAUGUGUGGAUCUUUUCAAUUGUAUUAUUGUGUAUGAUAAUACACACAAUGGAAUGCAUAGACUUUCUUGUAUUUUUUUAAAUAAAUCAUUUUAAAAAGGU